AUGCUGUCGCAUCAGGCAACCACUAGACAUGGCAUUUUUCGCAUGAUUCGAGCGUUGGUCAAUUCGUAUUUCCCCUUGCCUGUUAGAGCCACCCGCACAAAUUUACACGACACCAAAUGCAUAUUCAUCGUGUCUAUAGGUAAUUUCGAACCAGAGUACUCGGGCACAAGACAUAACGUAGCACAUCGAGUCUUGGACCAGCUAAUUGAGCGGUAUUGGAAAGAGCAUAUUCUCUCGCAAAAUAGCCCCUACUAUCAAUCUAGCAAAUACCGGCAUGUGGUACUAUUCAAGUCCGAUUCUACAUUUAUGAAUCUCCAAGGCCGCGUCAUCGCGAACCAUUUCCAACAGCUUCCCGCGGGUUCGGUCUUGGUUGUGUUGCAUGAUGAAUUGGAGAGGCAAGCUGGACGAUACGAUCUACGUCGGCCUGGCACGAGCUCACGAGGUCAUAAUGGGUUGAAAUCAAUUGACGGCUAUUACAAGGGGAAAUAUCACAAGAUUGGCAUUGGUAUUGGCAGACCGGGUAAGCAUGAAAGUAUUGCUGAUUACGUGUUGAGCCCGAUGACUCAAGAUGAAAUCAAAGCUACCAACAACGCCGUGCCCCAGAUUGUACGCGAGAUUGAAGGUUUAAUAGAGCAGGAGUUUCCCGGUGAAUUGGAUAGCUAG